AUGAGCGUGUGGGGCGCGGAAGAUGCCGAAAGGCACGAACGAUUGCGAAAUGAAGUCAUGAGGGAGCUCGUGGAGACCGAGGUGGCCUACGUCGAACAUCUGAAGACCAUCGUCCAGGUGUUCGUCAACCCUGUCAAGGCCCAGGGGCUGUUGAACACGGCCGAGGUGUCCAACAUCUUCUCCAACAUCACGCUCAUCCUCACGAUCAACACUGAGCUCAUGAACGAUCUGCUCAAGAUCAAGAAGUCCAAGCCCUCGACCCAGAACAUCGGCGAAAUCUUCCUCAAAUUGGCGGACUACCUCAAGAUGUACACCCAGUACUGCUCCAACCAGGGGCGCGCGCUUGCCGAGAUAGAAAACCUGAAGAAGACCAACCCCCAGUUCUCCACCUUUCUCGAGGCACAACCGCCCCGCUCGCCUCCCACCCUCUCCCCGUUUCCAAAGCUGAUCGCCGAUCCACUUGACUUGGCGGUGGAAUGCAAAAAGAACGAGCGCUGUCACAGACAAGACAUCGGCAGCUUCAUCAUCAAGCCCAUUCAACGUAUCUGCAAGUAUCCGUUGCUCUUGAGGGAGAUCGUGCAACACACGCCGAAGGACCACUUCGAUUACGAGAACCUCCUGGCCGCGGUGGCCAAGAUGACCGAAGUCGUCACCGACGUCAACGAAAACAAGCGCAAGGUGGAGAACGUGCAGAAGCUCCUCGAAAUCCAGAACGCGAUCGUUUCGGACACUGGCGUCGUCGGCACCCUGAAGCUGGUGGAGCCCGGGCGCAAGUUCGUGCAGGAGGGCAUGCUGGUGGACCUCCGCGCCGGCAAGGAAAUGGAGCGGAAGUACUUCCUGUUCAACAACAUCCUCAUCCUGGCGCGGCCGAUGCUCAAGGGCAAGAACCAGGCCGGCGUCGUCUACAAGCUCAAGGACGAGAUCGCCCUCAAGCAGACCUUUAUCCGCGACAACGAGUCUGCCAUUGCGAAUGCGUUCGAUCUGGUCAACUUUGAGACGACCAAGUUCUACACGCUCGCGAUGCCCACGCUCGAGGACAAGCGCUGCCUCAUGCAGAAGCUGAGCGAGAUCACCAACGAGUAUACGGACAAGGCCAAGACCGACUCCACGCCCGACCAGCGCGGAGGCUACUCCAUCAGCCUCAGCGGCACCGCCAUCCGCGGCAAGCAGGACCUUCAGUCCCAGACCGCCGGAUACGGUUCCGGCAGCGUGGUGUUUGGGCAGAGGAAGGAGUCGGAGAUCCUGAUCCUGGAGAAAAAGGAGCGCGAGCUGGAGAAGGAGCACAAGAAGAUCCGGGCCGACUUCGAGGCGGUACUGAAGAGCAACGCCAUCGUGCUCAAGAAGAAGGACCGCAUCCGGCAGCAGCUGGGCGCGCUCAACGAGGAGAAGGAGAAGUUCCUCCAGCGCGAGUUCGACGAGCGGGUGCUGAUGUGGGACGAGGCCAUGCGCAAGCGGGACUUCAUCAACUCGGAGCAGCGCCGCAAGAUCAUCGAUCUCAAGCGGCGCAAGGACGAGCUUAAGGACGACACCAAGGACCUGAACCAUGUGGCCCAGGAGGUGCGCCGCAUCAAGGAGGCGCGGGAGAAGGGCGACGGGGGCGUGGAGCGCACCGAGAUCGACGUCUCCACCGAGGAGCAGGUCUCGUCGUACGACUGGAAGCGGCCCUACCCGCGCCAGCUCUACAAGGCGUUCGACCUCAUCACCGCCCUGGCCAAGGAUCUGAAUCUCGAGCUGGAGAUGCCGGAGAUCGUGCUGGUGGGUCUGCGAGGGCAGGGCAAGUCGACCCUGUUGGAGGCCUUCCUCGGCCACCAGUUCACCGACGUGGGCUACGGUGCGACGAGGAGGCCCUUGAGCCUGCAGAUCAAGAACCAGGCCGAGAGGCACGAGCCCAAGGUCCUGCUCAGCUACAUCUCCCGCAAUGGCGUGGAAAAGACCCAGGCGGUGUCGCUCUCGCACUUCCCGGAGGUGAUGAAGAAGAAGAACCAGGGCGCCUACUCUGCGUCGUCAUCUACCUCUUCGUUAUCGUCGUUGUCGUCCACUUCGACGUCUGCGGCAUCGAGCUCCGCCUCCACGCCGUCGUCUUCCAUGUCGACAAUCGUGAUGUCGACACGAAGCAAGGACCGCAAGGACGGUACCCUCAAGCGCGGCCAAGCCGAGCGCCACAGGGACGAGAAGACCGGCCGCCGCGACUCCAAGCCGCCGGCGUUCGACAAGCUGGCCGAGGCCGUGGGCGACGGCGCUGCCGCUGCCGAGAAAAAGGCCGACGGCGCCACCACGCCCAAGUCCUCCGCCGCCGCAGCCGCAGGCGAGCCCGACGCCGACAAGCAGAUCAAGCGCGAGGGCAGCCGCAAGAUGGAGAACAUCAGCUUCUCGAUCGACGUGCCCGUGGACAAGCUCGACUCGGUGCCGUCGCCGGCCAGCAGCACCGGCGGCAAGCUGACCUCGCCCCGCUCCUUCCCGCGCUCGGUCUCGUCGCCUCGCCUGAACGCCAACGCCGUCACCAAGGACGGCGCCGUGCCGGUCCGGCGCGACAACGGCGACAUGCCGGCCGUCGAGGUCACCACGGCGCCCGCCGUCGUGGCGCCCUUGACCAUGGCCGCCACCAGCUCGCCGCGCGCCGUGCCCGGGGCCAACAUGCCGGCCUUUAGCGCGCAGGCGCUAGCCGACCUGGGCCGGCCCGUCCACGCCACCUACGAGUACCAGAGCACCUUCGACAUGACCCUGAUCGACGCACCAGGCCUGGCGUUCCGGUCGGGCACGAAGGCCGAGAUGAGCGAAACGGAGAAUGCCGUGCGCAAGCUGAUCGCGCCGUCCAACCGCAUCAUUCUCGUGGUGGAGGAGUUCAUCGACGCCCAGAGCGAGAGCGCGAGCUACGCGCGCAACUACCUGCUGGACCUGGUCAAGGAAUACGACCCGACCUUCUCGCGGACGGUCUUCGCCUACUCCAAGUUCUACCACCUCAUGAAGAACUUCACCUCGCCCGAGGAGGUCAACAAGCAGCUCUCGCUGCGGCCGCACAAUUCGUUCUACAUCAGCUUGUUCAACGACGCCGUGCGGUCCAAGCUCACCAACAAGGAGGACUUCCAGAAGAAGGUCAUCAACUGCUACUACCGCGACCUCAUGAUCCUCGAGAAGCUCGGCUACGACAAGAGCUUGAAGAAGCGUCUGGGCGUGAACAGGCUGCGCCGCUACCUGCUGGAGCUGACGUGGAAGAAGCACAAGGAGCUCAUCCCUCAGAUUCCGGCGCUGAUCGACACCCUGAGCCAGAAGACCGCCGAUCGGCGGGUCAACAUCCAGCGACAGCUCGAGGCCGCCGUGCAGGAGCUCGAGACCGACCGCGCGGGCCGCAUCACCAAGCUGCGCUUCAUCGCCGGCAAGUACUCCAACGAGUUCCUAGCCACCAUCUUCUACUCCCUCGAGAGCAACUUCUCCGCCGUCUUCAACAUCACCGGCGCGCUCUCCGACUACGAUCUCUUUGACAAGUCGCGUGGAAUGGUGGGUCUGGCGGACACGGCGCUGCUGACCAAGGACCGCCGCUGGCGCACGCCCUUCUGGGACAAUUGCCUGGGCUCCGGCGGCGCGCAGCUGCGCAAGCUGCUCACCGAGUUCCGCGGCUUCGUCGAGAACCUCGAGUUCCACCUCAACCUGCUCGAGCUGCAGGCCAUCCCCCUCUCCGAUCGCCUGUCGCCCCACGAGUUCAUGACCAAGGCGGCCGAGGUGGCCGAGACCAAGUUCCGCGAGGCCUUUGCGCCCUUCGUGGACAAGCUCUUCCGCCGCACGCUCAAGAUCUUCCAGCGGCUGUGCGCCAUCGUCGACACCACCCUCAAGCGCAAGUCCACCACCACCGGCCGCCCGGCCUCGUCGCCCUUUGCCUCGUCGCUCAACGCCUACCGCUUCUCCGCCUACACCACCUCAGCUUCAUCUUCUUCUCCUUCAUCAUCAUCUCCUUCAUCUUCUUCUUCGCCCACCAUGAACCGCGGCUCGUCGACAAAUAAUGGCCAAGGUGGCGAUGGUGGUGCCUUCAAGGGGGUGAACGAGAUGUACAACGACCUGCUGCUGGGCCGCAAGCUCAAGUACUCGUCGCCCCAGCUGGCCUUCUGCGUGCGCGACCACUUCUACAGCCACGUGAAGAAGGUGGUGGCGCUGGCCCAGGAGAAGUGCCUCGAGGAGCUGCGCUGCCGUCGGUUGGUCUACUUCCCCACUCUGCUGACCGACGAGCGCAUCCGGACCUACGCCACGCCUCUGCCGUCGCUCACCACCUCGUCCCGCCUGCGCGGCAGCUUCCUCAUCCCGCGCGGCGACGACGAGCCCAAGCGCAAGGGCAGCCUCAUCGCCAGGCGCCCCAGCGAAUUCACCGGUGGACAGGAUGGGCACCUGCACCCCUCCGGUUCGCCCCUGGCGCUGGAGCUGCGCAAGCGCUCUGUGGGCGGCGACCUGUCGGACAAGACCACCACGCCGCCGCCGACGCCCAACAACAACGCCCGCGGCGGUGCGGCGGGCACCUCGUCGCCCGGCUCGCCCCGCGUGUCGGCCCGCGACGAGCCGGGACCUCCAUCGGGCGGCCAGCUGGGCGUGACCGUGCCCUCGCCCGGCUCCGGCUCGGGUUCGGGCGUGGGCUCGACCAGCGGCGGCCCGGGACCCGACCGCGGCCUGGGCCUGCUCGGUAUGCGCAACUCGUCGAUCGGCUCGCUCACCACCGCCUCGUCGGCGCCCAGCACGCCCAAGGGGCCGCCCCGCAAUACGCUCCUGUCGGACUCGAUGGAGCGCCUCCUGACCUCGUCCCCGCCGGGGAGCACCCACCACGCUGGCGGAGGUGGUGGGUCGUCGCGCUCGCUGCUGAGCAGCUGGCAGGACACCGAGGACAAGCUGAAGAAGGACUUUGUGCCGCUGGCCUCGCGCUACUUCAACGACAUCAGGGACCGCGUGGCCCGUAACACCCUCCUCAAGUUCCAGGAGUUCUGCCUCGUCCCUCUGUUGUAUGAGAAGAGCGUGUUGACGAGCGCCAUGCAACGCAAGCUGGCCGAGCUGAACGACGAAGCGAUUGAGAAGCUGUUCGACGUCGGCCUCUACCUCGACCAGCUCAAGUCAGAACUGGCCAAGCUGGACGAGGUGCUCAAGGUGUGCGAGGAGAGGCGAGCCCUCUUCCAGAGCCUCCAGCCCGACUUCUGCCACCCCGCCAUGACGAGCAGCACCACCAGCGAGCCCACCAAGAACUAA